AUGCCGGCGCCGGCGAAGACAGACUCCAACGAGUCGACCGCCGCCCUUCUUCAGACCGAAUCGGUGCCGGUUCUCAUCGGCGGCGAGGAGGCGAUCAAUGUGGACGAGAUGCUUACUAGAUUUGCAGGCGAGUUUGGGCCGUGGCAGCUCCGGCAGUUCCUACUUACUAGCCUUGCAUGGAUCCUCUGCGCUUUCCAGGUCAUGGCCGUGGUCUUUGCAGACCAAGCCCCUGCAGGGCCCGGGGCAUGUCCUGUCGGGAGUCAGUUGGGCCGGAAAUGGUGGUGGGCUCGGUCCACAGUGGAGGAGUGGCGGCUGGGCUGUGGAGACAGGUACAAGGUCGGGCUUCCCCAGUCGGCUUUCUUUGCUGGAUCCAUGGCAGCUAACUCACCGGCGGGUUGGCCCACUCACGCCUUUAGUGACACGCUUGGUGCAGGUGGUUCAGUGUCAGUGCGGCGUUCUCCGGCCAUCUCUCCGACUCCUUCCUCGGCCGCAAAAGAGUCCUCACUCUCAACUGCUUCCUCAUGGCAGUCUUCAGCCUCCUCACCGCCUUCUCCCCUUCUUUCUCAACCUACGCCUUCUUCCGGCCUCACCCCCGGCGGCGUCGGACUCUCCGCCUUCGUCCUGUCCACCGAGCCCGUCGGCCCCUCCUUCCGCGCCGCCGCCGCCAUGUCCAAUUUCCACUUCUUCUCCAUCGGCUCCAUCUCCCUCUCCGUCACCUCCCUCCUCCUCCCUUCAUGGCGCCUCCUCUACAUCUCCACCUCUAUCCCCUGCAUCCUCUUCCUCCUCCUCGCCCUCCCUUUCAUCUCCGAAUCCCCCCGCUGGCAUCUCGUCCGCCGGAACCUCCCCGCCGCCAUCCAAAUCAUGCGCGCCAUCGCAAAAACCAACGGCUACUUCAUUCCCGACCGGACAUCGCUCUCACAAACCGCCGACCCGACCCGAACCGUCCGAUCCGCUUCCAUCAUCGACGUCAUGCGCUCCAAAGUGACCCGCCCGCGCCUCAUCCUCGGCCUCCUGAUAAACUUCCUGAUUUCCGUCUCCUACUACGGCCUCACCCUCAAUGUCGCGAAUUUGGGGCCCGAAAUCCACCUCAGCGCCAUCCUCAACGCGGUGGCUGAAAUUCCGGCCUACGCGCUGACGGCAGUGGCUCUGAGAUGGCAUGGAAGGCGGCCGAUGGCCGUGACAUCCAUGUGGCUCUGCGGAUUUCUCUGCUUCGCGGCGGAAGCUUUUGUAAAUGCGGCAAGAACCGGGUGCGCGGCGGUGGGGAUAUUUGCGGUUGCGGCAACGUAUAAUCUGAUGUAUGUAUGUAUGGCGGAGCUAUUUCCGACAGAGGUGAGGAACGCGGCGUUGGGUUGCGUGUCGUUUGCGGGGCAGAUGGGGGCCGUGGCGGCUCCGGUGGUGGUGGCGGCGGCGGGGGGAAGAUGGGGGUUUGGGGUGUUUGGGGCGUGUGCGGUGGUGGCGGGGGGGGUGGGGUUGGGGGAUUGA